AUCAAUAAUAUUUCUUUAAACGAUGUUCAUUUCAAGUUUAAAGUUUAUAUUUUACGCUUCUGGAAUGUGGAGAUCUACAUCAUUGAAAAAAAAUUGGAAACAUUUUCUCUAUAAUAUUUAUAUAAUAUUUAGUUUAAUAAAUUAUUUUCUUUUUACAAUUUUAAUAUUUAUUUAUCUUUUAAAUCAAAUUAAAAAUGUUGAUAAAUUUACUGAAAGUCUUUUUUAUUUUACAACUGCAUUUGCUAAUUUUAUAAAAAUAAUUAGUUUUACAUUGAAAAAUAAAACAAUUCUCGAAAUGCAAAGUAUGUUUUCAAAUAAAAUUUGUCAAUCCCGUGACAAUUAUGAAUCGCAAAUAUUAGAUAAUGUUUCAAAAACGUGCAGAGCCAAUACCAUCAUCUUUCAGGCAGCAUUUUAUUCAGCUGGAAUGAUGUUAUUUUUAACAUCAUUUGAUAAAAAUGGAAAUAUUUCAUUGAUACUUAAUACAUGGACACCUAACGAUAUUAAUAAUUCGAAAUUAAUUUUUUUUAUUUUUUAUUUUUAUCAAACAUUUGGAUUAUUUAUGACGUUAAUGAUAUUAUUAUCAAGUGAAUGUUUUGCUAUGAUUAUUGUACUACAAAUUGGUGGGCAAUUAGAUAUUUUUGUACAUCGUUUAAAUUUAUUGUCUGCUGAAAAAAAUGAAAAUUCCUCUCAAUGUUUAAAUUAUCGUUUGGAAUCGAAAAUAAUUGGAAAUUGUGUUAAGCAUCAUAAUUAUAUAUUUGCAAUAGGAGAUAAACUAAACGAUUUGUUUGGUCUUAUAAUAUUUGUUCAAUUUUUCGCUUCCAUGGUCGGAUUAUGUGGUGUAAUUUUUCAAUUAUCAAGAAUAAGCAAUGGUUCUUGGUUGUUUUUGGUAUUUUUAGGUUCCCUUACAUUACAAACUUUUAUAUACAACUUAUAUGGAGAGACAUUGAUUAAAAAGAGCUUGGCUAUUUCGAAUGAAAUUUGGAAAAUUAAUUGGUUCAAUUUAAGAAAUACGACAAAAAAAGAUUUAAACAUGAUAGCGAUACGUGCUUCUCGACCAAUUGAAAUUACUGGUUCAUCUAUAAUUGUCAUGUCUUUUAGCACGUUUGUUAAAGUCAUUAAAUCGGCAUAUUCUAUUUUUAAUUUACUUAACAGUUUUUCGUAAUUUAGAAAAAAAAAAAAUUAGAAGUUAAAAUACUAGUCUCUUUUAGAAACUAGCAAAUAAAAUUAUCAAUGAGAUUAUUCUUUUAAACACGAGUUAAAAGAAUCACAAUAUUUGCCAAAAAAGAAAAGAAAAUUUUAAG